AUGACGCCACCCACAGUCAUGCAGAUUAACCUCCACUACCCCCUCACCAUCUUCAACAGACGACUUCAAAAAAGGCGAGCUCUCUCUCUGAAAACUUCCAUGGCCCUCUCUAACAGUCUCCUCUGCUCUUCUUCUUCUUCACUCUCUCAAAUUGACUACGGAUAUAUUGAUUUCAAUAACUCUCCUCAAGUCUUUCCUCCGCCUGAACGGUCCUGUCUCGCUUUCUCUCCGAUUCGUGACAGGUUUUCCGAGCUCGGAAAUGGAAUGAUCGGUCUCUCCAAGAAAAAGAACAUUGUACAUGCUUCCGCCAGAGAUCUGAAUGCAUCAACAAGUUCAACCUCACUGAAACCUGAACAGGAUGCUGAUGGCGUUCCCAUUCCAGUCGUUCUGAUAGAUCAAGAUUCAGAUUCUGAAUCAACAAUCGUACAACUUAGCUUUGGAGAUCGUCUUGGAGCUCUUAUUGAUACUAUGAAUGCCCUGAAAGAUUUGGGGUUGGAUGUGGCCAAAGGAACUGUUCUCACUGAAGGACCAGUCAAACAAACUAAGUUUUUCAUUACACGGUUAGACUCUGGUCGCAAGGUUGAAGAUCCCGAUAUGCUAGAGAGAAUUCGACUUACCAUCAUCAACAAUCUUUUGAAGUACCAUCCAGUAUGUGUACUGAAUAUAUUAGAGAAAAAGGUGCUUCUAUAUCUCUCUGUGUCUGUGCAUGUGCGUUUAUGCCCCUGUGUGCAAUUAUAUAUGAGAGCUCCCGGGGAGCAGAUUGCUGUUCAACUAUUGGACUGGAGAGUCUUCAUCCUUUCUGAUUCUGAUUUCAGUCAGCAUAUGCUAUUAUGUUUUCUUGAUGUUGAUAUUGGAACUCAUGGGCCUAAGAGGAGGUUUGCUGCUUUGCUUUGCGUCGAGACAGCAGAUCGACCUGGAUUGCUUGUAGAAAUCAUCAAAAUCAUUGCUGAUGUUAAUAUUGAUGUUGAAUCCGCAGAGAUCGAUACAGAGGGAUUAAUUGCCAAAGACAAAUUCCAUGUCAGCUACGGAGGGGCAGCAUUGAACAGCUCCUUGUCACAGGUGCUAGUGAACUGUUUGCGUUACUACCUUCGGAGGCCAGAAACAGAUACUGAUAGCUAUUAGUCUUAAGGGUAAGUAACCAUUCUUGAUUGUAAGCACACUGUAACUUUUCUUGUACCACAUUGUCUUUUUGCUCAAAUCACACCCGUGAAUUGCACGUUUCCAAAUAUUAGGUGAUCAUAUUCCAGGACGUUUGAAAAAGAUGCUUGUAACCCUGCUGCUGCGGCUGAUCCCGAGAAAAAGGGAUCAAGCCAUUUACAAAGGAAAAACAUGGAACGUUGAAGCCAAUAAUCCCGGCCUCGUUCUGCUCCCCUUUUAUGUACUUAAGCCAGUAGAUGUGGUUUUACCUUGAUCAAACUUCGACAUGCGUACUUGCCUUGUGUGGCUUGAUAUGGGGCGUUCUGUGCCGAUGCAGAUGCACGCAAAUGAUAAUUUUGUCUCCCACGGAA